AUGAAGUAUACUGUUGUGGUAUCUUUACUGACCUUUUCUUUGCUACCCUAUGAUUUUUGCUCAAGGGCCAAUGAAACAGACAAAAUGUUGCUGCUCGAAAUCAAGAAUAUGAUCAUUGAUGAUCCUUUGAGGAUCAUGGACUCCUGGAAUGAAACCAAACAUUUCUGUGACUGGCCUGGUGUCUCAUGUGGUCUCCGUCACCGAAGAGUCACCGUUUUAGAUCUUAGUUCUCUGAAGCUGAGUGGUUUUUUGUCACCAAGCAUUAGCACUCUGAGCUUUCUUCGUGUCCUUAAGCUAAAAAAUAAUAGCUUUCCUGGUGAAAUCCCAUCAGAGCUUCUCUACUUAGCAAGAAUGGUAGGGAAAAUACUUGAUGAAUUAUGCCAAUUGCCAAGCUUAAAGUACUUAGUUGUGAAGGAGAACAAUUUGAGUGGAAGCCUGCCUCCUUGUCUUUUCAAUCAAUUGUCUAUGGUUGCCAUUGAUGUUGGAACAAAUCAUAUAGAAGGGAAUUUGCCUUCAUUGCUUGGUAUUACUCUUCCUAAUUUGUCGAAAAGAACUGGCCCUUGGAAAGCUGUUGAACAUAUGGAGAUUUUAGUUGAUUUCAAUCAUCUCGGGAAAGGGGAGGAUGAUGAUCUUAGCUUUGUCAACACAUUUGUGAAUUACACCUGCUUGGAGCUUUUGGAGCUCAAUACAAAUAAUUUUGGUGGAGCAUUACCUCCAUCUGUUGGUUAUCUUUCAUAUGAGCUUAUAGAGUUUUCACUAACUAACAAUCAUAUUUCUGGAGAAAUCCCAAGAGGGAUAUCUAAUCUCAAGAAGCUAGCGGCUUUCUUUGUGGCUUACAAUAGAUUUCAUGGUGAAAUUCUUUCUGAAAACGGUGAUAUGACAUAUUUACAGGAGUUGGCAUUACUAGGAAAUCAGUUCUCUAGCCAAAUACCAAUCUCAUUUGGAAAUUUAGCUUCUUUAACCAGAAUCAGUUUCAGAGAAAAUAAUCUCAAGGGGAGAAUUCCUUCUAGUUUAAGCAAAUGCCACAAUUUGGAACUGUUGCAGGGUACUUGUGUGAAACUUGAAGCACUAGAAUUGAACAGCAACAACUUUCAGGGUAGUAUUCCUUCAACCAUGAGGAAUUUGCAAGGCCUGGAACUUUUAGUCCUUUCUCACAACAAUCUGUUAGGUGGAAUCCCAGGAUUCUUGAAGGACUUCAAGUUUCUGCAGAUUUUAAAUCUGUCUAGCAAUAAUCCGGAGGCAUCUUUAGUAAUGUUACUGCUGUCUCCAUCUUUGGAAAUAAAAAGCUCUGUGGGGGUAUACAGAGUUGGACCUUCCGGCUUGCAAUGCAGAAAUUAA